ACCAGAGCCAUGGCCAAAGACUGAAAAAUGCUCAGAGAUUUUCACCAAGCUCAGCUGAAUUGCCUGCCUUCCGCCACCAAGUCAACCACCAUGUACGGUGACGCAACGAACUGGGACGAAGAAGUGUACAGAGAAUCCGUAUUAAAGGAGAGGGAGAUCCAAACCCGAACGUUUCGAACCGUUUGGGCUCCGUCGCUUAACCCUAGCCCGGAAACCGUCGUCGUCCCUCCUACUCCAUCCCCUACCUCAUCUCCAAGCUCGUUGUUAAUGGCGGAACCUACUUGCUAUCUUCAAGCGCAUGAAGGGCCUGAUUACGAUGUUAAGUUUUACGGAAAUGGCGAAGAUUCUGUUUUGCUGAGUUGCGGUGACGAUGGACGGAUUCAAGGAUGGAGGUGGAAGGAUUGCGAAGAAUUAUAUGUGCCUCUUCAUUUGCAAGGAAAGCACGUGAAGCCAGUACUUGACCUUGUGAAUCCUCAACAUACAGGUCCAUGGGGGGCUUUAUCUCCAAUCCCUGAAAACAAUGCUCUUGCUGUUAAUAACGAGGAGGGAUGCAUUUUUUCUGCUGCUGGUGAUUCUUGCAUCUGUUGCUGGGAUGUGGAAGGAGGUCAAGUCAAAAUGACUUUCAAGGGGCAUGCAGACUAUGUGCAUUCUGUCGUUGCUCGGAAUUCUACCAAUCAGAUCAUAACUGGUUCAGAGGAUGGGACAGCACGGAUAUGGGGUAAAAACUUAGCUUUUUUUUCAAUUUUGAAGGAUUGUGGCAGAAAGUUGUUAAGAAUUUAUUGUUUUCCUAUACAGUUAGUAUGUUUUUGUAUUAAGUCACAUGGACUUGUUCUUAGAAGCAUGUGUUUAUGGUUUCACCCGGAUUGCAAUAGUGGAAAGUGCGUUCAAGCAUAUGAGCCAGCCAAGGGUAUUGAAUUGAAAGGAUUUUUUUUCAUGGUUAGUUGCAUUGCUCUUGGUGCAAGUGAAAGCUGGUUGGCUUGUGGUAGCGAUCAGAGUUUAUCAGUUUGGAACCUUCCUGCUUCUGAAUGCAUUUCAAGGGUUUCAAUACAUGCAUCCAUUCAGGAUGUAGUAUUCGACGAAAAUCAAGUAUUAGCAGUUGGAGCGGAACCUCUACUUUGCCGUUAUGACAUAAAUGGGGCAAUUCUAUCACAAAUGCAAUGUGCUCCUCAGUCUGCCUUUUCCGUCUCAUUACAUCCAUCUGGGGUUAUCGCAAUAGGAGGUUACGGUGGUCUUGUGGAUGUUAUAUCGCAGUUCGGAAGUCACUUGUGCACAUUUGGCUGCCGAUGUCUUCUUAAGGAAAAAAAAAAACCAGUACAAAGCUCUCUUCCGUUGCUCUCUAUCUCUCUUCGCCUUCAACUUUCUGACUCAUCACCAGCAGUCAUGGCAGCAGCACCUGAAGGAUCGCAAUUUGACACUCGUCAGUAUGAUACCAAAAUGAGUGAAUUACUUGCAACUGAUGGGCAGGAAUUCUUUACAUCGUACGAUGAAGUUUAUGAUAGUUUUGAUGCUAUGGGUCUUCAAGAGAAUCUUCUCAGGGGAAUCUACGCUUACGGUUUUGAAAAACCCUCAGCUAUUCAGCAAAGGGGAAUUGUUCCCUUCUGCAAGGGUCUUGAUGUGAUUCAGCAGGCUCAGUCUGGAACUGGAAAGACAGCAACUUUCUGUUCCGGUAUCCUUCAACAGCUUGAUUAUAGUUUGACAGAAUGCCAAGCCUUGGUUCUUGCACCCACUCGAGAGCUUGCUCAACAGAUUGAGAAGGUUAUGAGGGCUCUUGGAGACUAUCUAGGUGUAAGGGUGCAUGCUUGUGUUGGUGGAACCAGUGUCCGUGAGGACCAACGCAUUCUGUCAAAUGGAGUGCAUGUUGUUGUUGGAACUCCCGGUCGUGUUUUUGACAUGCUUAGAAGGCAGUCACUUCGUCCUGAUAGCAUCAAGAUGUUUGUUUUGGAUGAGGCUGAUGAAAUGCUUUCCCGUGGUUUCAAGGAUCAGAUCUACGAUAUAUUCCAGCUUCUUCCAUCAAAGAUUCAGGUUGGUGUGUUCUCUGCCACAAUGCCGCCUGAGGCUCUUGAGAUCACAAGGAAGUUUAUGAACAAACCUGUGAGGAUUCUAGUGAAGCGUGAUGAGCUCACCCUGGAAGGUAUAAAGCAAUUCUAUGUCAAUGUCGACAAGGAGGAAUGGAAGCUCGAGACUCUUUGCGAUCUUUAUGAGACCUUGGCCAUUACCCAGAGUGUCAUUUUUGUCAAUACUCGACGCAAGGUUGACUGGUUGACUGACAAGAUGAGGAGCAGAGACCAUACAGUUUCUGCCACCCAUGGAGACAUGGACCAGAACACCAGAGACAUCAUCAUGCGGGAAUUCCGUUCUGGCUCAUCUCGUGUGUUGAUCACCACUGAUCUGUUGGCUCGUGGUAUUGACGUGCAGCAAGUCUCCCUUGUUAUUAACUAUGAUCUGCCCACCCAGCCUGAGAACUACCUCCACAGAAUUGGUCGUAGUGGACGUUUUGGAAGGAAGGGUGUUGCCAUCAACUUCGUAACAAAGGAUGAUGAGAGGAUGCUGUUCGACAUCCAGAAGUUCUAUAACGUGGUUGUGGAGGAGCUGCCAUCGAACGUCGCUGAUCUCCUCUGAUGAGAUUUUGUCUUCUUAAUUACUCAGGGAAAAAUCCGGUAGUAAGUGUUGUUUUGAUUGAAGUUUAUUUUCUGUUUUUCGUCCUUUGAGGCCGCCACAUCCCGCCAUUUUGUGUCUUCUCUUAUAUUAUUAUAGAGUCUAGUUAUUUAAUUUAUGGUUGUUGGAUUAAUUAAAGUCGCACAAGUUAAACUCGCAAUGUGAAAACCUUCAUUGCCUGAAUUGGUUGUGGUGGCCAAUCUGUUGUUGCAUACUUUCUACCAUAUUAUUAAUGUAUGUAUUUUUUUGAGGUA